AUGGGUAGAGAAGAACAAACAGAGGAGCGCGAAGUCCUCGACUCCAUCUUCCCUGAAGAAAUCACAGGUCCAAACACAGACAUCUCCGACACCGAAUACCGCGUAUCGAUACAACUCGAAGUGACCGAAGACGACGAAUCCACCGAAACACUCCCUCCAACCCUCAUCCUCUCCGUCUCAUAUCCCGAGGACUAUCCCGACGUAGCUCCACGACUAGAUCUCUCCGCCCCGCCAAACGCUCCAAAGCACAAGUACCUAGAUAUCCAAGAAGACAAGGCGCGCUUGCUAGAUGGCCUCACCGCAACAAUCGAAGAAAACCUGGGUAUGGCGAUGGUGUUUACCCUGGUCACCACCCUCAAAGAUGAAGCCGAGCUCUUGAUCUCCGAACGCCAAAAAGCAGUCCAAGCAAAACGAGACAUGGAAAUUGCAGAAGCCGAAGCAGAGGAAAACCGUAAAUUCGAGGGCACAAAAGUGACGAGAGAGGUAUAUCUGGAGUGGAGUCGCAAGUUCAAGGAGGAAAUGGCCGAAGCGAAGAAGAAGGCCGAAGAGCAGAGAGAGGCCGAGGAAAAGAAGAAGAGGGGUGGUAAGGAAGAGAAGAAGAUGACGGGGAGAGAACUGUGGGAGAGUGGUAUUGCGACCAGAGCAUUCGUUGACGAGGAUGACGAUGGCGCCGAUGCUCUCGAGGCUAUGAAGAAGCUCAAGGUCGAGGCAUGA